CUGAGCAACGGAGGGGGAGAAGGCCGAUGCGCACAGCCAGAACUGCAGCAGCGGCUGGGCUGGGCUCUAACACACACGCACACACACACACACACCUUCGACAGCUACACACACCGGAGAGGAAAAGGGAUGGCCUAGCUGUGUUGUGUUCUCAGCAGUCUAUGAGCAGUGAGCUUCCUUGACCAGAGUAGGUGUGUACCAGAGGCUGCAGAGAUGAGUGUGACCUCCUGGUUCCUGGUGAGCAGUGGGGGGACACGCCACCGACUGCCCCGGGAAAUGAUCUUUGUUGGCCGGGACGACUGUGAGCUAAUGCUACAGUCCCGCAGUGUGGAUAAGCAGCAUGCAGUCAUCAACUAUGAGACAGGGACUGACGAACACAAGGUCAAGGACCUGGGCAGCCUGAAUGGGACCUUUGUUAAUGAUGUCCGAAUCCAGGAGCAGAUGUACAUUACUCUGAAGCUGGAGGACAAACUGAGGUUUGGAUAUGAUACCAACCUGUUCACGGUUGUCAGAGGAGAGCUUACUGUGCCUGAGGAGGCUCUAAAGCAUGAAAAAUUCACCAGCGGCCUCCAGCUCAGCAAGAAGCCAUCCAUUGGGGAAACCACUACCACUACAACCACAAGCAGGUCUCCCUCUAAGACCCCCACAAAGACGCUAAAGUCCCCAAGUGGAAGCAGCCAAAGGUCAGGAGAGAGUAGAGCAGCAGACGGGGUCACUUCCUCCAAAGACCUACCAGUUAAACCUGUGGAUUCUCAUAAAGCAGAGGAGAGGUUGGGAGUUGAUGCUUCAGCACUGCCUCGUGGGACCCCCCUGUAUGGCCAGCCGUCUUGGUGGGGGGAUGGGGAUGCAGACGAUGAGAACUCCUUCAAACAGGAAACAAAGCCAUCCAGCAAAAAAUAUGACAGCUCCAUAUCAG